UAAAUUCCAGAGUACAGCAUCUUCCUGCUUCCACAUUCCAUCGCUACCACUACCACCUCUCCAGAUCUCUAUACACAUCAUCAUUUCUCGUAUUUCUUCACCAUAGGCGAUUCACUGGUGCUCACAUGCCUACGCUGUCCAGGCUUCUAAGGGUGUCGAUAAGAAUGGCUCCCAGCCCCCGCGCCAUCAUGGCAUCGACUCCUCCAGCCUAUUCUAGCGUCUCAGGGAGUGGACAUUGUUCAACCAGUGUUGCAGCACAAAUGAAUCCUUUAACUUAUUCGGCAUGGAGCCAGGGACCUCACGACAAGUUGAACGCCCCUACAAACGAAUACGGGAACAGUGUUCUUCUUUUAAAAGAAUCAAUGUCGAUGAGACAUUCAGAGGGAUCACGCCCGGGAAUACCUAUGCCAGAGGAGGCAUUCCCAUCGUCUUCAGGCUAUCUUCCCGUCAGCCCAUCGACUCCUGAGUCUCGAAUGUUCUACACAUACUAUGAGGCCACGGAACCGUCAAGACCGCUAUCGGAGACUCCACUUCUUCUCUGGCUUAACGGCGGUCCGGGCUGCUCGAGUAUGAUCGGAAACUUCUAUGAACUUGGUCCCUGGAAAGUCGCUGUAACAAACGAAGACAUUGAUAGCCUUCGCCUGGAAAGAAACCCCUGGGCUUGGAACAGGAGGUACGGCCUUCUAUUCAUUGAUAAUCCCGUUGGCACAGGGUUCAGUGUCGUCAUAAGCAAUGAGGACAUUCCUCAAGACCAGCCAACAGUGGCAAAGCACCUCUUUCAUGCCCUCUCAGCAUUCUUUGACAUGCAUUCAGGCCUGUGUGACCGUCCAUUCUUUAUUACCGGGGAGUCAUAUGCUGGGAAGUACGUGCCUGAGCUCAGCUGCUUGUUGAUGGAGCAGCAGCAACGAGGCCAAGGCCUUCCAGUGAAAUUUGUAGGGAUGGUCAUCGGGAACGGCUUCACAGAUCCUCGGACACAGGUGCAAGUUCAUGAGCAUGUUGCAAGGGCCUUCAGCAUGCUCACUGAUCAGCAGACAGACUAUGUGAGGGAAGAAGCCAACAGGGUUGUUCAACUUAUUGACAGGGAGGAAUGGGAAGAAGCGCAUUAUGCACGCACAGCCCUAUGUGAAUGGAUUGAGCACAAAGCAGGAAUCCCAACGUUGUUGGACAUUCGUCGGCAUGCCAAGUACCAUGCCACACAGGGCGGAGUGGAGUAUCUUUCGUUGUUCCUCAAUCAGCCCCAUGUCAAGGAAGCCCUCCACGCUGAACCAAGUGCCACCUGGGCUAGUUGCAAGCCAACAAUUCGCCGCCAUCUUGCUCAGGACACAAUGAAGAGCAGCAAGCCAGCAUUGGAACAGGUUCUUGCAGCAGGUGUCCCUGUGCUGCUGUUCCAGGGCUUGUUUGAUGCGAAGGAUGGCCCUGCCAGCACAGAAGCCUGGAUGCGCACUCUGUUGUGGAAAGAUGCAGAGAGCUUCUGGGAUGCUGAGCGCACGGUGUGGCUUGUGUCUGGAAGGAGAGAAGGGUACUGGCGACAGUAUAAGAAUUUGACUCACGUGGUGGUGACUGGCGCUGGACACCAAGUCCCUGCUGACCAACCUGAGGCUGCAGCAGCCAUGAUUGAGACAUGGGUGGAGCAGCAAAUUUCACGGAAGAAGCCUAUCUCACAAGUGCAGACUGAUCGUCAGCCCUUGACCGUUGAGGUUGAUCAGACUGAUCAGUUUGAGCUCACCCUAGAAGCUGCAAUGGCCCCACUGGACCACAGUGCUGAUGUUCAAGUGAACAUGCGAACACGACUCUAGUGUGAAUGGCUAGCCUCGCUAUUUAUAUUUAUAUCCAACUUGUAGCUACAUCACAGCUUGCUUCUAUGCAAUGCAGCAUCUACAUUGCUAGGGAUGAAGUAUCUCCACA